UUGAGGAAGAUAGUGAUUUGUGUAUCAGAAUUUUUCACAAGUUUACGUUUAUAUAUUGUUAACUAGCUUGUGCCCGCGACUUCGUCUUACUUGGUGAUGUUUCGGAUGAAGUUCCGAAGAAAUCGAAAGGCAAGGAUGAGGAAGAGGUCAUCGAAGACAAGGGAGGCCAUAUACAUCCACUCAAGAUAAAGCGAAAACACAGACGAAAAGUGGUAAAUGCCGUUAUCCCACUACUCUUCGGCAUGAAGUCUGCUGGAGUAGUCAUAUUUGCCCUGUUCAUGGUAUCAGUGAUCACCAUCAAGGCAUUCCUGGCCAGUAAAAUGGCACUCGUGGUUACCGUUGGCAUGGCUAUGAAAAAGUUAUACGAAAGUUAUGGUGGCGGCGUCGGUUUGCAAAACCAUCCAUACCUUUACUCGCAAUACCCCAUCGAUUUUCCGAGCGCCUCACCGCACGCAUACUCCGUAAGCGGAGUGAGCUCACAGUUCGCAUCUCCAGAGAUGUAUAGCCCCACAGCACUGGCUACACACUCCCACACAAACGAGUUGCUACAAAACGACGCGAGUGCUCAGCAGUCGCAACAGGCGCCCACUGUACUUGUUAACUCAACACGAGCAGCGGAAAGGUGGGACGGGUACCGGCGACGUCCAAUGUUUUACGGAACCUCGCGCGCUUCUUCAGAAUCCUAUUCGGGGUACCACACACGCCGCUAAGCUCUCCAUCAAUGACUAUGCCUAUGUAUGCUUUACCUCAAAUGCAGAACAAUAUGCAGAGCCAAAUGUUUAGCCCAACGAUGGCUAUGCCAACAGCUCAGUAACAAAAUUGGACAUUGGAUCAAAUUUAUCGGAUCAAGUGGCGUCAAUUAGUUCACAUUCUGCUAAAUGUCAGAUUACCACGUAAACAAUGCUUGAUCCUGUAAAAAAAAAAUAAUGUUACGUGGUGGUCUGACAUUUAGCAAAUGUUAUCGCAGGCGCAGUGUUUUAAGUUUCUGGACUGGACUUAAACCAUUUGUUGCUCUCUCUCACUCUUAUACUUGAUUGUCCAGACAAUUUAAGGCAUUGCGUUUUUUGCUUAACAAUGUUUUGAGACUGAUUUUAAUUCUAUAGAUUAUUAAACUAAAUCUGAGGUUAUUAUAAGCGCGAGCCC